ACUCCCACCAGCGACUACGAGCACUACACCGUCACCAAGGACGGGGUCCGCAAAGAAAACAACGGAGCACCACCACCAAUCGCGACGCCCGAGCCGUCAUUGACGCCUGAAGAGUUCUACAAUCAAAAAGUCGACUACUACGACCUCAACGACUACCGUGGCCUGGCAGACGGUUUGGCUCAGGGCGACGUGGUGCUCUUCUUGAUGCCGCUCAGAAACGCAGAACAUGUGUUGCCCAUGGCCUUCUACAACUUGAUGAAUUUGACCUACGACCAUUCCCUCAUAGACAUUGCAUUUUUGGUCUCGGAUUGCUCGCCUGAUGACAGAACCUUGGAGACGGUGUUCGAGUACUCUGUGGCUCUUCAGAACGGAACCUUGGUGGAAAAAUUGAAGCAGGAGGAGCUGGAACGUCAGUCGAGCCAGGUCAAGGGCUCCCACGACUUGUACAAGUUGUACAUGGACCAGGCGUACAUGGAAAGCGUCAAGAAAGCAUACGACACUGCGGAAGCACACCACGAAGGCUACCGCAAGCCGUUCAGAUCGGUCUCCAUUUUCAAGAAGGACUUCGGCCAGGUCAUUGGCCAGGGAUUCUCCGACCGUCACGCGGUAAAAGUCCAGGGGAUCAGAAGAAAAUUGAUGGGUAAGGCCAGAAACUGGCUCACUUCCGCCGCAUUGAAACCUUACCACUCGUGGGUGUACUGGAGAGACGGAGACAUCGAGAUGUGUCCCGGAAAUGUGAUCGAACAGUUGAUGAAACAUGACUACGAUGUUAUUGUUCCUAAUGUCUGGAGACCCUUGCCUACCUUUUUGGGCAACGAACAGCCAUACGAUUUGAAUUCAUGGUUGGAAUCGGAAGCUGCUCUAGAAUUGGCCAAAACUUUGGACGAAGAUGACGUGAUUGUGGAAGGUUAUGCAGAGUACGCAACUUAUAGAGCCCACUUGGCAUACAUACGUGAUGCCAGGGCCAGUCCUGAUGAGCUUAUUGAACUCGACGGUGUUGGAGGUGUGUCCAUUUUGGCGCGUGCACAGAUUUUCCGCCAGGGAGUUCAUUUCCCAGCAUUCACGUUUUUGAACCAUGCUGAAACAGAAGCUUUUGGCAAAAUGGCAAAGCAAAUGGGUUAUAGAGUGGCCGGAUUGCCUCAUUAUACUAUAUGGCAUAUUUAUGAGCCUAGUGAAGAUGAUCUCCGAGAGAUUGCCAAGAUGGAGAGGACAAAGAGGCGGAAAAAGACCAGUUAA